AUGAGCAAAAACAGGACAACACCCCGGGUCGUUUGUUGUGCCAUUCCAAUUUGGAGACCGUCAGGUAAGGUCCUAGUUAUAACACGCCGAAAACACGCGGAUAGCUGGGUUUUACCCAAAGGAGGAUGGGAAAGUAGCGAUGGGACGUUAGAAAAGGCAGCGACGCGUGAAGCUUUGGAAGAAGCGGGCGUGCACGGCACGAUAUCAAAGUUCGUUACGACGAUACACGGCGCAACAGCGACGUACCAUUUCUACGAGCUAGACGCAGUCUCACUCGAGACCAAUUGGCUAGAACAGGGCCAGCGACGCCGCGAAUGGGUCGACUACGCCGAAGCGAUUCGUCGCCUGCAAUGGAAACCUGAGCUUGUGCAGGCGCUCAUGCUCUCGUCCCUUGCGCCUCCUCGGUAG